AUGCAGUGCCUGAACACCAUCAUGGCAGAAUCACCGGGCCUCAUCGCCAUCUGCCUUUUGGGAUAUCUACUCAGUGCCGAAUGCACAGUUUUUCUUGAUCGUGAGAAUGCCACCAAAAUUCUGAGUCGGCCAAAGAGAUAUAAUUCAGGCAAAUUGGAAGAGUUUGUUCAAGGAAACCUUGAGAGAGAAUGUAUAGAAGAAAGGUGUAGUUUUGAAGAAGCACGAGAAGUGUUUGAAAACACCGAAAAAACUACUGAAUUUUGGAAGCAGUAUGUUGAUGGAGAUCAGUGUGAGUCAAAUCCAUGUUUAAAUGGAGGCAGUUGUAAGGAUGACAUUAAUUCCUAUGAAUGUUGGUGCCGGCUUGGAUUUGAAGGCAAGAACUGUGAAUUAGAUGCAACAUGCAGCAUUAAAAAUGGCAGGUGCAAGCAGUUUUGUAAAAGGAAUGCUGAAAACAAGGUGGUUUGUUCCUGUACUGAAGGAUACCAACUUGCAGAGAACCAAAAAUCCUGUGAACCAGCAGUGCCAUUUCCAUGUGGAAGAGUUUCUGUUUCCUACAGUUCUAAGAAGCUCACUCGGGCUGAAACUAUUUUUUCAAAUAUGGACUAUGAAUAUAAUUCUACUGAAGCUGAAAUCAUCCUGGAUAACAUCACUGAAAGUACCCAAUCAUUUAAUGACUUCACUCGGGUUGUUGGUGGAGAAAACGCCAAACCAGGUCAAUUCCCUUGGCAGGUACUUUUAAAUGGUAAAAUUAAGGCAUUCUGUGGAGGUUCCAUCGUCAAUGAAAAAUGGGUUGUAACUGCAGCCCACUGUGUUGAGCCUGGUGAUAAAAUCGAGGUUGUUGCAGGUGAAUAUAACACUGAAAAGGAGGAAACCACAGAACAAAGACGGAACGUGAUUCGAAUAAUUCCUCAUCACAAUUACAAUGCAACUAUUAAUAAGUACAGCCAUGAUAUUGCCCUGCUGGAACUGGAUAAACCCUUAAUCCUAAACAGCUAUGUAACACCAAUUUGCAUUGCCAACAGGGAAUACACAAAUAUCUUCCUCAAAUUUGGAUCUGGCUAUGUUAGUGGCUGGGGGAAAAUCUACAACAGAGGAAGGCCAGCUUCAAUUCUUCAAUACCUUAGAGUCCCACUGGUUGACCGUGCUACAUGCCUUCGAUCCACAACAUUCACCAUUCACAAUAACAUGUUCUGUGCGGGCUACCAUGGUGGAGGCAGAGAUUCAUGUCAAGGGGAUAGUGGGGGACCUCAUGUUACUGAAGUGGAAGGGACUAGUUUCUUAACUGGAAUUAUUAGCUGGGGAGAAGAGUGUGCAAUGAAAGGCAAAUAUGGAAUAUAUACCAAGGUCUCUAAGUAUGUCAACUGGAUUAAGGAAAAAACAAAGCUCGUUCAAUGA